GCUCGUGACCGAGACGCCGGUCGUGGCGCUGCUGCGCUGGACGAGGCCGCACCCCGAGACGCACGUGAGUUUGGACGUGUAUUUCGCCUCGGCCUCGCACAUGGACAGCGGCUACAGCGGGUACCCGACGCUUCUAGCGACCUUUGGUGACCUUGUGCGCUUCACGCCUCACUUUGAAAUGUACCGCGCCGACGCGUGGGGCUGCGGUGACGUCAGCGAGGCGAGUCUCUGCGCCGCACUCUGCGUGGACGGAGCGUGUACGUACGAUCCAGAAGACGACGCCACCCUCGGUCUUGACGGCAAAGACGUCUUGGCCCACGAUAUCUUGGCGUUCUGCGCCUAUGAGCACUCGACGACGAACGCGUCGGCCUUUUGGGACGUGGCAAACCGCAUCAUGACCGAGUGCCCCGCGGGUGUCGAUCCCACGACGUGCCGCGCCCGCGUCUUGACGUCAUUUACGCCGGCGGUCGGCGCAGCGAUCGCAGCUUGUGUGGACAACAAUGCGACGCACUUCUACAGCGCCGAGCUCGCGCAUGCGUACGCUGCGGGGGUUGCCACGUACCCGCUGGUGACGAUCAACGACCAACCCCUCUACGAGGACUGGACGUGCGACGAGCCGAUUUCGAUGACGACCUGCGCACCGCUCAGCGUGCUCUGCCGGUACCUCGAGUACUCGAACGUGACGCUUCCCGACGGUGUCUGCGACCCCGCGUACUGGCAGAGUCGGUGCCUUCCGCCGCGUGCGAUCGACGACUGCGGUGUCUGCAACGCGCACAACAGCGCCAAUUGGAACCUCGCGUGCCGCGGCUGUGACAAUAUUCUCCACAGUAACAAGACAAUCGAUGUCUGCGGCGUGUGCGGCGGCGACGGCUCGUUUGACAUUUGCGGCGAGUGUCUCCCGGCCAAGGACAAGCGUCGGGAUACGAUAUGCGCCGACUGUAAAGGCGAACCGUGGGGCCCGGCAACGCGCGAUGCGUGUGGCGUCUGUGGUGGCCAUGGAUCGUUUGAUGCGUGUGGACUGUGCUUCCAAGCCGACGACCCGCGCCGCCAAAAUUACGGCUGCCAACUCGACGUCGACCCCGAUGCAGUGCACCUCAAGCUCUUUCUUCGUGGUAUCAGUGCCGAAGCGUUUGGUCAGUCGGCGGCCGUGACGACGUUGGCGUCGACGCUCGCCGCUGCGGCAAAGACCCAAGCCACCAGCGUGCACAUCAAGUCGAUCGAGACCGUCGACGACGCCAUUGUCGUCAACAUUUUUCUCCUCCCGAAGGCGUCGGCGGAAGCGGGUGAGAGUGAAAACGUCGUGGCGCGCCUGGACGCUAUCGACGUCAGUGCGCUCGUCCGACAAGCCUACGUGCACCAUGAGGACGCGUCGAGUCGCACGGUCGACGUCAAAGUCCUGUCGAUGGAGGGCGGCGCGAAGAAGACGCGCACGGUCCCCAAGGCGUGGUACUUUGGCGGGCUUGCUGGCGGGCUUGUCGCGAGCAUCGCGCUCACGACUUGGUUCGUACAACGGCGCGAUCGGCGUCUCAAGAGCGACAUGCGACAGCUCUUUGCUCGGUACACGCCACUCGUUGCGAUGGACGAAGAAGAGAGUUAAACCAACGAAUCUGCUCCUUGCCUUUUUCCCUCGUCGAACAAAAUCCACGCGUGGGAAAGUUGUGGUCAG